CCGGGAAAUGUAUGCUUGUGGAAUCCGGAAUCCUAGGCUUUGGAACCCGGGUUACUGCUCAAGGAAUCCCACUAACGAUUGGAAUCCAGAAUCCAGAAUCCAAGUUCCACUGAAAAAGACUGGAAUUCAGUACCUGCAAUCGGGCAUCCACGGCGUGGAAUCCAGAAUCCAAGAAUGUCUUGGUUCCCAUGGGGCGAAUGGGAUAUAAAAAGAAACAUUUUCUUUAAUAUACAUCAGUGUGAGUGUUUUUUUUUUUCUACUAAAACUUUUGCAUGUCAUAUAAUAAUUCCUCGGUUAAGUAGACUGUGAGCAAUGCUUUUUCAGUCCUGAGUCGAGUUGAGGUUUGGCAGGAUUACAGGUACACCCAACAAAUCGAGAGGGUGACUGGAACGGCCUCGUAACACUUAAAUUUUCGAAGAUCCAUUCCUUUUAAUUUUCAAAGCCGAAAACCGUCUUUCCUUUGGUUUCUUGUUUCCCUUACUUCGGCGAAAUCAAUUUUUUCAUAAGGCUUUCUCUUGCGCAAUCCGGAAUAAUCUUGUAAAUAAUUGUGACGGUAUUGUGCAAUAGAACAUGAGCAAUGACCUCUCGCGGCUGAAAAAAGUGAAAAUAAUUAUGUAUUUUUUUGUUAGGGAUUGGUUGUUUUACGUUCGUUCUUCCUCACGUUGUAAGCGACACAUAUCAGCCGAAUUUAGAAGACACCGGCUCGCGGAAAAUCGAAGAAUGUCUGGUCAGUAACAACACCGGCUUAACGAGUAAGAGCUGUUUCUCAGGAUACGGAUCAAACAAGUUUUACCUGUUUAUCUUCUGCUUUGCCCAAAUAAUUAUGGGUGCUGGUACGACUCCGCUGUACUCACUUGUGCCAGCUUACAUUGAUGAAAACGUGAAUCCAAAAACCUCACCUGUUUACUUGGGGAUAUUUUAUGCGGCUGCCAUAACAGGUCCCGGGCUUGGCUUUGUGGUUGGUGGCGCAAUUUUAGGUGAUGUUUACAUACACGUUAAACAGGUAGGUUGACUGAUAAGACCACUUCAGUGAAAUUUAUGCAAUCUCCUAUAUAGUCCGUGAUAUGUCGUGUGACCACCGCCAAAAUUCAAGUUAUCUAAUUUCUGUAUGUCGCUAAAUUGUGGCCAUUAAACGUUUCGUUCACCUAGCAAAUUCUGUCCUGUGUUAUCAAAUUCGACAACACCAAACUCCAUUCCGUGUUUCUAAUUUCAGUACUGAUAUAACGCCAAAUUCGAUGUCUUGACAUCACAUUCUGCCGCACCAAAUUAUAUCCCGUGGUUUCAAAUUCGUUUGCACCAAAUCCUAUGCUGUGUGCUAAUUUCUAUAACUCCAAAUUCGGUCACACCAAAUUCGGUGGGACACAAUUUUUUUUACUCUUAUACGUCAAAUGGCAUUGAUAGAGAGCUUUACAAUCACGUUAACGGCAAUCCUCGAUUUGUACCACGUGGCAAGCUUAAGUCCUCUUUACUUAUCGUUAUGUUCCUUUCGUUAUCCACACGUACGCUGUACAAUUUCUAAUUAAUUUUAAGACAACUUCAAAUUGAAUCUUGCUUGCCGUAAAGAUGAUUAAAAACUCUCUGGUUGGUUCUUGCUGUCACUCAUGCGUUAAUACCGACAAUGAGGAAAAUGUUCAUUGUCAGUCAUUAAAUGUUUAGGUAAGAAUCACUCCAACUGUUAGUAGGGAUUCGUCCUGACAAAGGGCUAUCGCGCGAAACAUUGGUGAUAAAUUAACCUAUUCUAUUAACUCGUUUGGUGUUCAGUUCGAAACCAUUUUUUUACCCCCUCGUCAGCAACUCAUAAAGUUGUUUCUUUUUACCCAAACCCCUUUAUAUUUUCAGAUAGUCAGACAGUAUGUUUAAGUUGUAUCCUACUUUUGUUACUCCUGCAUUAGUUUUUUUUUUACCACUAUAAAGGUGUUUCAGGAUAGUUUUUCCUUGUGCAGUUUAAACAGUCUUAAAAUUGCAAAAUUUUAAUGAAAGGAGUAAUGUGACGACGUGGUGAUGACUGGGAGCGGAAAAGGUUCAAGUUUUAAAAGUAUCUUUGAAGUUCGGAAGCUCUUAAGAGGUGAGGGUUCCUUCAAUCAGUGACCCAAGAGACUCGAGAAAAAUGGAGUUCUCAACAGAAGUCGAACCUAUGAAUUCCUGUUUACUACUCCAAACACUCUAUACCGCUAAUCUACAGGAAACCAUGCCAGCAGUGGGAACCAAGGCAUUAAACUAAGUUAAUGUGACAGAUAUCCCAAGACUGGGAUGUCUAUAGGUCGCUGAUUCGAAAUGAUAUAAAUGUGACAGUAAAUAUUAAGCCUGAUAAAUAAAUAAGAAUGAUGUCGUAGGAAGUUUUUUUGUUUUUCAGCAAGUUUCGAGGUCACUAAAAAGCCGAUUAGAGGUCAAGGUCAGGAUCGGGGGCCACAGGCUUUUGUUUAACUUUCUUUGCAAUACAUAUUAUUGACUACCCAAAGUUACUAUGACUAGAUUUCAUGCUCUUUUAGUGAGUAACAAUAAGAUGUCUUUUGUUCAUCUCUAGCCCAAGGGAGCCACAUUAUCUCCAAGGGACCCUCAAUGGAUUGGGGCCUGGUGGUUAGGGUACGCCUUGUCUGCUGGUCUGAUGAUAUUAUUUGCAAUUUUGAUCCUUGGCUUUCCCCGCGAGUUACCCGGAUCAAAAGAGAAGCGUGAUCAAGCCAUCAAAGAGGGGCACUUGCCGAAAACAGAUCUCAAGUUGAGACGAAAAUUGAAAGAUAUCUUACCAGCUACCGUGCAACUGAUCACAAAUCCAACGUACCUGUUUAACACCCUUGCCCUCACUGCAAGUUCACUCUUUGGUGGUGGAGUAGGUCCCUUCAUUGCUAAGUUUGCUGAGACAAACUUUGGUGUCCACCCCGCCGUUGCUGGACUGACGCUUGGAACAGUCGGUAUGGUUGGAGCUGCAGGUACGUGCAAAUUUUGAUGAAUACACUGUGGAAUCUCUAUGCAGGAGACGCCCUAGCUCGGGACCAAGACAAGUGUCCCCUGAAUACUUGUUAGAGGUGUCACCUGAAUGGAAGUUGGGUUGGGGAUUGUUAAUAAAUAAUCAACAAAUAAAAUAUAUAUUUUUUAUUCUGCCUCGGAAUCUGCUGCGGUCAUUAUUUCAAGCAACUAGGUAAACUUAUGAUUAACUUAUCUCUGCCAUAUUGUGUGUCGAAUUCCCACAAGUGUAGUACAUCGAUUUAAGUAAAAUACUUGGAGUCGUGAAAGCUUUACUUUUCACUAGUUAACUCUGGACCAGAAGCGUUUAAAAGAGUGUGAAGGCUUUUGAUGAACGGUCUACAUUUGAGGUACCAACAAUUUUUUUCCAAAAGAAUCUAAUCCAUGAUAUUAGUUUGAAAAGUUACUUAAUCCUGAAAGCAAAAUGAAAAGAAUCAGUGUCAUAAAAUAAGGUCCCGACGUCUUAAAAAGGGUAGCAAAAUAAGCAGCUUUUGUCUUAGGUCUGGUUCAUGCGCCGUUCUUAACUUUUCAUGUGCCGAACCUAAUUGAAUAUGUUCGACUUUGGAGCGACACUGGCGCGACAUCUGAUUCAGACGGCGUACCGUGUGUCGAGCCAAAGUUAAGUUCCACAAAAGCCGUUCGACAGACUCUGUCGAACCCUUGCCGCACUUAACUAAAACUGCCGUAUUAAAUUGAUUCAGACACCGCUCUUUUGCCGAUCAUUUAAUCGAUCAUUUACGGUAAUUCAUCAUCAGUUAGGUUCGCCACAUGAGUGGAGCGACGUCUGAACUCGGCCUUACACUGGCAGGGUCAGGGCUUGCAGGCCUCAGCGGAACACCUCUACCUAAACUUUGAUUGAGUGUCCCCCGGGUGUCAUAUUUAGUCAACUCUCGCCUUGAGGACACCCCACUACAGUCAACUCCCUUUAUAGCGGACACUGUAGAAACCUCGAGUUAGUUUCCUCAUUCGCGAGAGUCCGUAAUUUAUUUUUGCCUGGGAUUUUACUGCUGUCCAUAUUAUAGGGGUGUCCGUUAUAAUGGGGUGUACGCAAGGCGAGAGGUGACUGUAUAACGGACUCCUCGAUAAUUCGGACAGCAUCAAAUUCCCAGGCAAAAAUUAAUUGCAGACGUUUGACUGAAAUAGACUCCCUCUAAUGAGGACACUAGCUCGAGUCCCUACAGUAUCCGCUGUAAAGUGAGUUGACUGUACAACUUUUCGAUUUAUUAGUAACAAUCCGUGCUUUCGCUUUCCUGUAGGUGGUAUAGUUUUAGGUGGUUUUUUGGUCAGGAGAUUCAGUUUAAAGAAAUCUUGCAGACUCUCUGCCAAGUGUUGCCUGAUUAUCCAGGUGCUUUCAGUUUGGACAUCGACUGCUUUCCUUAUUCCCGGAUGCGAUGACAUAAAUUUAGCUGGAGUAGUAAAACCUUAUUACAAAAGGUAUGAACUGUUUUAAACUAAGGUGGAUUGUUUUUAUUUAAUAGACUAUCAGAGAAAAUAAAAUGUAAGGAAUAUUCUGGCUGUUUUCAAUUUUUUAUUCCGGUUAUUAGGGACAAACAAUAAUGGAGGGAAAGACAUACGGUUGAUAAUGAUAAUGAUAAUAAUAAUGAUGAUGAUUAUGAUGAUGAUGACGAUGACGAUGACGAUGACGAUGACGAUGACGAUGACGAUGAUGAUGAUGAUGAUGAUAGUGAAGAUGAUGAUGACACGAUGUUGACAAAGAUGAUUAUUAUUAUUGUCCCAUUAUGGCUCUUGAUUAUUGUUAUUACUAUGUAUCUCAGCUUGUCGAAAACGUUUCAUGCUUCCAUAGCAACGUGUAAUAUAUACAAUCGAGCCUGUAUAGCUAUAGAGUGACCAUGUGUCCCCUUUCACGAGCAGGUGGCCACUCAAUAAACAUUUGACUGUUUCACUUCCAUGGCAGCUCUUUAAUGGAAACGCGCAGCCCACUGGCUCCAUGCAAUAUGAAUUGCAGUUGUUCGUUGGCCAGCAUGAAUCCUGUUUGUGGACAGGACAAGCUGACGUACUUUUCGCCUUGUCAUGCAGGAUGCAAGCAAACUACAAAAACAAAGGUAAGCAAGGUGCAUUGUUUGUAAAAAAAAUUAACAACAUAAAACAAGCAUAAAGGUAUUUCCCUGUGAUGACCGAACUGACGUGGUUAAUAAGUUAUUUAUCAUAUGGCCGUUUUGGCGUUAUUCUUAAAACGAAUACAAUAAAAAAACUCGCCCUCGCUGUGACUCUCUUCGUCCCUCAAAGUAAAGAAGUAUCGAUGUGCUAGAAUUUUUCUUUCAGUCAUUGAAAGAUAGUUAUUCUUUGUCACGAUAUUUUUUGUUGCUUUCACCCUCGCGCUCGUAGCUUUUACUCAAAACUCAAAAGAGCCAAAGACCCGAGAAAAUUUUUCAAAAUGCCCGGUCAUUUCAAGAGUGCGCUCACUAUUGUCGCCAUAUAAUAUAUUAUAGUUCUGUUACGGACUUUCAAGUGUUACUAGGUCUCCGUGUUUUAUUAGUGUGAUAUAUUUUUUAGUGGUUAUUUUUUUUUCUUUAUUUCUUUUUGUGCUCACGGGCUCAUAGCCAGUUGAGAACUAUGUCAGAGCCUCUGUUAGUCCGUCCGUCCGUCCGUCCGUCCGUAAGGUCGUUUUGUUUUUGUAGCGCACGGCGUUAUAACGCAAAAAUUUUCGGACCUGAAAGUGCCUGGCUGGAUAACUGUUAACGCCCCUUUUUUCAACAAUUUAAUAGUUUCUUUUUCCUCUUCUUCUUCUUCUUCUUCUUCUUCUUCUUCUUCUUCUUCUUCUUCUUCUUCUUUUUCAGCUCAACAAUCAAUUUAAUGUAUAUUUUCUCAUUUGUUUGCCAAUUGUAAUAGUCCUUGAACCAUAUCUGAAAAAGUUAAAACUUUGCUUGUAGCCGCUGAACGAAAAAGGCUUGUAUCACGUUUUUGAAAAAGUGCACGCAAUCUGCACCGCGAGUAGAUUUGGAAGUAGCUAAACAACGCAAUGCGACUGUCGUGAUGAAUGGUUUUUGAUGGACAUUCGGUUCGUUGUCACUUGUCGCGAUGUGUCACGACAUAGUAUCUAUCUGUUUUUGUUGUUGUUGUUGUUGUUUUUUUUUUCCCGACGAAAUUAACAUAAGACUCUUUUGUAAGCCCAUCAUUUUAAUAUCAUAAUAGAUUUACAUUUCAAAAAUAAUUCGAAUGAAAGAAAUAGAUUUGUAAGAAGUUCGAUGCUCGGUGGCGUCUUUUCUUUUCAAGGACUUUGCUAACUUCACGUGCUCUUUUUUUUCGCUUAAAACCAAUAUUCUUCAAAAACUUACUGACAAUACCACACUUUUGCAGCACCCUUCCCCGCUAGCGAUUGACCUGGAGGCUUGUCGGCACAUACACACAACAGAAAGUUAGCUCAGGGCCUGAGCUUAACGAUGAGACCGACCAAGAUACUAAGCCCCUUGUUAAAAAUUCGGUAAUGCGAAUAUUCUAGGGCAUUUUCCAGCAUGUUUCCACAAAUUCGGCUAGAAAUAGAUAUUUAUGAAUAAAUGAAUAAAUAAAUUAAAUGCUCCCUGAAACUGUUACCCUAUUUAAGAUCAAAAUUGUAGCUUUUCCUACCUUAUUACCCUACGCCUGAACCGCUGCUCUGAAGAACCGAAUGAUAGCAAUUCCAGACCCUGGUAUAAAAAAAUACCGUGGGGAUGGUAGAGGAAUAACCAUUCAAAAACAUGGAAAGGUGCUUUCAUUCUUGAUUUUAGGCAUUCAACUGUAGCUGCGUUGAUCUUAGGGGAAACAACACUCAAACCAGUUCAGCAAAGAAAGGUUAUUGCGACCGUGGAUCUGGAUGCAAGAAUUACAAAUACUUCCUUAUGAUCAAUGUUUUGCUGCUUUCGGCGGUUUUCCUGAUAGCGAUACCAAACAAAACAGUGGUUCUACGGUAAGAAAGUAUAGCAUUACUAACGCUUAUUCCGUCUCAUCACCUUGCAGCACUUCCACUGAUAUAGACUGCCGCAGUAGCUGGCGGGUUUUUUUUAGUGUGAAUUUCACUUAUACGGGCGGGCGAGGUAAAAAGGGAAACCGAUGGGGAGGGGGCCAGGGUAAGAGAGAGAAAAUCCUUACUGCGUUCUCCCCUUACCCCCUCCCCAUCGUUUUUUUCCAGGUUCGAUCUUGGUUCAGCUUUCGAGCGGCUGUAUCUCAGUCACUUCACGAACCUCAAAAGAAAACACAGAAAAGAAACUGCCAGCUACGCAGCCUACCACUGAUAUGACUCUCAACUGUGAAAGUAAAAGAACCCAUUCUGCUGAUUCACCCCGUGAGGGGGGGGGGGGGAGUUGCCAUAUUAAAGUAACGGCAUAUUGGCCAUCUCGCUUAGGGGUAGAAAUUGCAGAUUUUGAUCUCACUUAAGGAAUUCAGGAUGAAAUGCCAAUUUUUUGUAUCGACAAAGGAAUCUCUUUACGCUUUUAUGUAAAUAAAUAUCUAUAUGACAAAGAAACAAGUGCCAACGUAUUAAUUGUGUUAAUGUGUGCCCAGAUUUUUCUCCCUUGGAGGCCCUGGGUCUAGAUUCUCCUUAAUACAGACAUCUCUUUCUUACGAACAGUGGCCUAGAUUUGAUUAAUUGGCUGCGAACAGUUGAACAUGUGAUAUAAUGUUAGUUUAUUUGGCGAAAAAUAUUACUGAUAUUAUCAAAUCACCAUCUUUUCUUUUUUAUCACAAAACAGCAUGCUAUCCACAUGCAUGAUCCUAUCAGUUUGCAGGACGCGUGACAAAUAUGCACCAAUAAGGAUAAGAUCUUGGUUUCCCUCAUUUUCCCUUGACUUUUCACUCUAUGAGUCUAAGGUUCAUAUCCUGUUGGGGACUUCGCUAUAUGGGGAAAAAAUAGCAAAAACGGAGUGAAGUAGCAUAAAAAAAAUCAGCGAGCGGAGAAAGCCGGGCGGUGGACUGGGAAGGGGUAGCCACCCUUUCUUUCCCUUUCUUAGCAAAGCGAGCCGAGCUGUGGUCUGGGGACUAGCCGAUUUUUUUCGCGCCUUUUUCCUCAACUGCGGAGCCUGAUCGUAGGCCAAUCAAACCUUAACUUAAGGAAGUCCCGUGAUGCUUAAACUGAAACUGAAUGAAGCGCACCAUUUAGCUGUAGAAGAGCUCCAAAGGGACACGUUCCUGAUGCCUUGCGAGUAGUGGUUUCUACAGGCCGGACGCCAAGCGUAGCGUCCAGCCACUGCUCGCAGAGUACGUGGCUGAUAUCUACACGUACGUACAUAUUCAGUCGUUAUUACUCCAUAAUCUAACUCAGUCAACAUUUGCCUAUACCUUAUUUUAUUUCAUCAGGUGCGUACCAGACAAUCACAGGUCUUACUCUCUCGGAUUUCAAUUCAUCUUCCAGCGGUCGCUCGGGUUCGUACCAGGGCCCAUCAUUUUUGGAUGGAUGUUUGAUUCGGGGUGUCUAUUUUGGGGGGAAAGUUGCAACAGACGAGGCCGAUGCCAAAUAUACAAUAUGUGGAGUAUUGCCACGAAAAUUACCAUCUUUGGAUUUGUAGUGAAAGGUAAAUACCUGAAGUGAAGGAUAGUCAGAUGAGUCCGCUUUCUGAUGAAAUCAGCAAUCCGCAAAAUAUUACAAUACUCCGGCUCCGUUCUUUCAGGGUUGUUUCUAUUAUGACAAUAACACUUACUAGAGUGGUUGGAAGAUGAUUACCUUAGUUUAUAAAUGAUAAUUAGUAACAAGUCACCCUUCUGAAGGUUUUUCGUUUUACUUCAUUAUGCAUAACCAAACCUCGAACCUUUUGCCAAUUACUCGCCCUCAGUCGCUAUGGAACUUAAAGUAUGCAAAGAAAUGACAUGCAAAUGAUAAAAUCAGAGAUCCGAGACAAACAAAUAUGUCUCCUGAGCAUUAUUUUUGAAGUUGCAAGCAGCAGGGAUCAACUUUGAAAAACUGUUAGGCUGAACAGCUUUUUCAAAAACCCUACUGAUUUCAAUCCGUUUCAGUCUUCUUCAGUUUUGCCCAUCCGUGGCAUCUGUUGUUUCUGUUACGUUAUUUUAACCUUCCUUUAAAGUUUUAAGCGGUUAUUUAUAUGUUUCUCUUAAUUUGAUGGGCAUUUUGUAAUUUCCUAAUUUGGCUGAGUUUCGUGAUGUGAAAGUACUGCUGAAGAUGUUUCAUUUGAGUGCAUGGUCACACUGGCAUAGGAUUUCAUCCACAGACUCAAAAGUUAGAACUAUACAUACUAAAUAAAUAUAUAGUACCAUGUGAACGUACUGCUAAAGAGUUUUUUAUUUGAAUCACAGACCAUAGGAUUUCAUCCACAAACUCAAAGGCUUCAACCAGUUAACGAGACUUCAUCAUUCUUUCCAGGAGGCUUGGAGGAUGUUAUCCACCGAGGCAGAACUUCAUCUGCAUAAUUCUUCAUAUCAUACGGGGGCACCCAACGACAGUUUUUGGAAAAUGUCUGUUCGGAAGACGAUUUGAGAUUUAGAAUUUUCGGAACAUUUGUUGUAAAAUUUCUUGCUUGCCUGCCUCUCCUAGGAUUUUCGAACAUCUAAACAAUGGUAUAAUUUCCCAUUUCUAACGGAUUUUUACCCUAAAAAGGUCACCUAGAAAUUUCGGGAGCCUUUUUUCUGACUAAGGUAAGUUUUGAUCCUUAUAAUUUUCGGAUCACUAGACUUUCAGCUAGGAAAUCUGAGCAGAUGAGAAAUUUUUAGGGGAUAAAAAUAUGCCUAUAUCUGCCGUUUAAAUACUAAAAUACGUUCAACAAUGCUAUGUUUAAGUGGUUUUGAACUAUAUCCUCGUUGGGUGCCCCUGAUCAGCCUUGUUCAAUAUAAUUGUUAAAUCUUGGUGUAUACUGUGUCAAGGUCUCUUAAUAGCUUUAUUUCCUUUAUUUUAAUUACAGGUAUCUCUAUACUUCUUUACUUCCUUUCUUUCUGGUUUUGCAAACCAAGUUACGACAACGAAAGUCAUCACAGCAGCAAAGAAAUUGGUCAUGAAAAUAUGGCUGACAAUUCAGCGAACGGUGAUGCGUUGGGCAGCACAGAAAGUGCUUUAUAAAGUGUCUCAGCGAAUUGUAGGGAAUAUUAGCUGGAUAGACCAUCUAGUGAUCGGAGGUAGGACCACUAGCUGACCGACAGCCGACGUAUUUGAUCUGAAUGUUGAGAUAAUGAACGGGUCAAAGUCAAGAUAAACGUUAUAAAAAGCACUCAAGGUAGAGCAACAAUAAGCCUAUUUGAUUGGAAAUAAUCAAGGAUUUCAUCAGAUUCAAAAUUUAAAACCUAUACCUUGCAUUUUACAUAGACAGUAUUUUUCUCGCCACAAUUUCACGAUUUCUUUACGUUAUUUGAUAAACUAUACUAGAACUCAUAGAUGAUUUCUUACUAAAGGAUGUGGUCUUCCUAUACAUCCCUGUAAGGAUUUAUUUCUUUUACUUUUUAUUUUUAUUUUUUUGCUGUACUUGUCAUUUGCUCGGGUGAUAUUAUUCUUUAAGCUCUGACUACUAAUAGGCGUCGGAUUCAUCAUAGCUAGUGAAAACAAACACAUGUACAAGAGGUUUGAAAAUUGCAGCCGACAUCUUUAAAGGGGUUAAAAUUUGGGCUUCAGACAUUGAACUUCACCGCAUAUUAUCUUACGAGAAACGUUACAGUAAACAACCGCUAAUAAGAACUUGUGGUUUAAGAGCUCUCUCCUCCGCAUAGGCUCCUGCCGGGCUAGACUUUCAUAAAAUUCCUUCGUCGGAUUUCAUAUGGAGCGGGACGAAGGACCUCUCGCGACUUCGUCGCUCGCAGUCGGCCGCUUGCGGCCAAAAAAGGCUCGCUCCGCUCGCCAAGAGGUCGACUUGUAGUAACUCUACUGCCGGGUAUCCCAAUAAAAAUAGC